AUGGCUCCCGUACAACAGAAUGUCGAGACUCCCCAAAGUCUCGCCCACAGCUUCGCCUCUUUCACUUUCAAGCACAUCACGCGCCGUGACGACUCAUCCUCUUCCACUCAGGCCAAACCCAACUAUGGCCAAGGCACAAUUGACCCCAAGAGCAUCAAGAUGCAAGGGCUGAUGGCGCUAUUCGCCCUCAUCGGGGCGGCAUUCGUGCUCGGUGGGAUCUGGUUCUUCUUCUGGGCCAAGAAUGGUGGAUUUGUCUGGCGCAAAGGUGACUGGGAGGACUACAAAUCGACAGUCCUUCGACGCAAAGGUCCCGACGGCAAGACACUCAGCAAUGCCACGAAGAGUACCAAACUGGGCAACGACAGUGUGCUCGGCUACAGCGAUGACGGAUACACCUACGCCGAUGAGACCGCCACCUACACGGAGACAGCCACAACCAUCAGCGAGGAGAAACCCCGAAAGAAACGCAAUUUCCGCGAGAAGCUUCUCCGUCGAAACAAAGACGAGCGAUGGGAGGGUGAAGCAGACGACGAUAUGCGCGCUUAUCGCGAGGAGAAACCCGCUCGCAUCGGUGGCAUGAACCGUGAAGCGGAUGGUACCUACCACGGCAGUGACUAUGACUCCUCCGCCCCUCCGACCCACUACAACCGAAGUGAUAUGAGCGAGGUCCACGACUACGCGUACGAACAGCCCCGUCGCUCCCGUCGACGGGACCCCUCAGGCUUUUCCUUUACUGCUGGCAGUGAAGAUGUGCUGAGUCAAACCACCGAGGAGCAGCACCUACGCGCACCAUCUUCCCGGCGCCACACUCGCCGACAUAAUCGGGAACGCCGCCAGAGUACCGUGCGUUCCUCCGUCCCUUCGUCUCGCACCAGCAGUCCCCGCAAGAAGGAUCGCCGUUCUGCCGCGCCAGGAUACACCGAGCCGCUGGAUUUCUCUUCGGCGGGUUCUCGCUCCGAGUAUCAAUACUCUAAUGUUGAUACCGAGGAUUCGCACGGCACUAGAAGUUAUCACCACCCCAUUCCCGGUUUGACCAAGGGUUACCGCCGUGAUGGCCAUGGUCGACGUCGUCGUGACAGUCUGAGUGACAGCGGUGACGAGUGA